GACAGCAACAGCAGCACCUUGACAAUCAUGCUCAGCCUCAUCAGAUUACCACGAGUCUUCACCAUCAAUCAAGUUCCCAAAGUUUUUCAUGAGGACAGCAUCAUCUCCGGGUACCGACACCCCCGCAGCUCAGCCACCGACUGCAUCCUGAGCCUGUUUCAGCUGACCAAUGAGACGCUUAACAUCUGGACCCACUUUUUGCCCACCUGGUACUUCCUAUGGAAACUUGUGACGGUGGUGCUGAUGCAGGCAGCAUGGCAGGACUCCUUCACCUGGCCUCUGCUGAUCUUCCUGUUCUCCUGCUGCAUUUAUCCUCUGGCGUCGAGCUGUGCUCACACCUUCAGCACCAUGUCAGCGCGGGCACGCCACAUCUGCUUCUUUUUUGACUAUGGCGCCCUCAGUUUCUACAGCCUGGGGUCAGCGAUCAUCUACUCAGCUUAUAUUUUCCCGGACAAGUGGGUGAACGGCUUGUUUCACCAGAGCUACAUCCCCAUCGCUGUGUUCAACACUGUCAUCUGCACCGGCCUGGCCUGCUACUCCAGGCUUGGCUUACCAUUUCUACAAUAUAAUCAUGACAUCGUAAAGAGAUUCCCCGAGUGCCAGAGUCCAAGGUUCAGCAAAUUUCUUCGUGUUGUUGCCUUUGCCUACCCCUACCUGUUCGACAACAUUCCUCUGUUCUACAGGGUGUUCCUGUGUGUAGGAGAGGGAUGUACAGACAAUGAUACCAACAUCCUCCACUACAACCACAUCGCAUUGGCUUUCCUCACAGGCUUCCUGUUUGCCACACAUUUGCCCGAGCGCCUGGCACCUGGCAGCUUCGACUACAUAGGUCACAGCCACCAACUCUUCCAUGUGUGCGGCAUCCUCGGCACCCACUUUCAGAUGAAGGCCGUUGAACAGGACAUGGUGACGCGACGCCCCUGGCUCCUCGAACACUCUAUUCCUGUCACAUUUUCCAACUCUGUGGGUGCAGCUCUGCUUUGUUUGGUGCUAAAUUUGACUAUCAUCAUCCUCUUCAGUUUACCACUCCUCUCUGCACCGGUCUGCCAAGAAAAGAAAUGCCGUAAAAGUCCAAAGAAAACCUCAGCCAAGGUGUGCCCCUGCUGCUAAAUCUCCUACUUCAUAAAUCCCAGCAGAGGGAUCCCAGCUGGUCAUGAGACACACAGACAUGUAAACAGUGUGGAUUAUGGGUGAUAUAAAACAUUGCAAAGAGCACUCCUGAGCUAAGAGGAGCUGAUGUAAUGUUUAGAUGAAUGAUGACUGGCAGUCUGCACUAAACUCAUGGUGGUAUUUGGCCUUCAGACAUCGCUGUGGUGACUGCUGGUAGGUGUGGGAGUAAACUGAAAAAAAAGGGCAUCAUUUGCACAAAUAUGCAACAGAAAUGUGACAAUAACUGUGUUACUGUAAUAAGAAAUGAAUCUAAAUGUUUCUUAGGAAACUUUUCCGAUAAAAAGCCACUAAUGUAGCAGGUUAGCUACAUUAUGAGACAGUGCUUUAUACAUUAUAGAAACUAUAAAAUUCUAAAUGUAAAUUUAACUUUAAAUUGCUGCAUGAAGUGCUGCAUUUAGAAACUGUACCUUUUCAUAUUUAUAAUGCUUGUGCUUGUACAAAGCCUAUUGGAUUGUACUGAGUAAAAGCAGUGUGACAGCCACGCACAUCAAACAUAAAGACAAAAGAGGCAGUUAUGACAAGGAAAGACAAAUAAUUUGCUUUGAACUGCCUGCAAAGUAGCAACUUAACAGAUUUAAAGUUUCAUUACUGAUGACUUGAGAUAUUUUAAACAAAUGAAUUUUUUUCAGAUUAGUUUAUUUCCCUCACGUGAUUGCUGUUUCUGUACCAGUAGACAUUGUCACAUUGUUCCUUUGCAAAACUGAAAGUAUUUAAGUACAAUGUUAUUUAUUUUAUUUUUUUUUGGAAUAAAC